UCUAGAUGAUCUGGACAUGCUUAUGGUCUCCGAGCCAUUUACAGGAAGCCACACAGACUGGCUGACAUUGAAUGUGGGCGGAAGAUAUUUUACCACUACACGGUCUACACUUGUCAGUAAGGAGCCGGACAGCAUGCUGUCGCACAUGUUCAGUAACAGAGAUGCCUGGGGCAAUAAGAGAGAUCCCAGAGGUGCUUUCCUUAUUGACCGCAGCCCGGAAUACUUUGAGCCCAUACUGAACUACCUGCGCCAUGGUCAGCUCAUCGUCAAUGACGGGGUCAAUUUGUUGGGAGUCUUAGAGGAAGCCAAGUUCUUUGGCAUAGAUUCCCUCAUUGAACAUCUGGAGCUGGCAAUUAAGAAUUCUCAGCCUGCUGAGGACCACUCCCCCAUAUCUCGUAAGGAGUUCAUACGUUUCCUUCUCGCCACCCCAACCAAAUCUGAACUUCGCUGUCAGGGUCUAAACUUUAGCGGAGCCGAUCUCUCCCGCUUGGACAUGCGGUAUAUAAACUUCAAGAUGGCAAACUUGAGCGGCUGCAACCUAAUUCAGGCCAACCUGUGUGGGGCUUGCCUGGAGCGAGCAGACCUGUCAGGAUGUGUACUGGAUGGAGCCAAUCUGCAGGGCGUGAAGAUGCUCUGCUCCAAUGCGGAAGGAGCCUCCCUGAAAGGAUGUAACUUUGAGGACCCGUCCGGCCUAAAAGCCAAUCUGGAAGGAGCAAAUCUAAAGGGUGUGGACAUGGAGGGCAGUCAGAUGACUGGGAUAAACCUACGAGUCGCCACCCUGAAAAAUGCCAAAUUAAAGAACUGCAAUCUGCGUGGUGCUACCUUGGCAGGAACAGACUUGGAGAACUGCGAUCUCUCUGGUUGUGACCUCCAAGAAGCGAACCUGCGGGGAUCCAAUGUAAAAGGCGCAAUAUUUGAGGAGAUGCUCACACCACUACAUAUGUCCCAGAGCGUCAGAUAGACACUCGUAUGGAGGAAGACUCGCGUCUCCGAUUGCUGGCAUACUGGAGACGCUCUGCCUUUUGCCUUUACUGCCAGUGCAGACAUAUAAUCUCUAUACCGUAAUCACCUACUUUAAUCUCUUGGUAACGUGCACGGAGGACACACGUCUACUGUGUUACAUACAUGUAGCUCAUAUUAUAUACACACAAACCUGCUUCAGAUGUAGGGCAUAGGAGAACUGGAGGAGUUUGCACACCUCUGCCGUGAUAUAUUAAGAUUGCGGUUGUUGUACCAGACUGGCAGGAUAGUGUAGUAUGGGGUCCUAUUGGACCGCCAAAAAGGC